UUGAUAGUUUGCCGGCCUUCCAAGCGGUUGGGGCAUGCAUAAAAAUAGUGAAAAUAUAGCGUGAAAAGUGAAAACUAUAAAGUGAAAAUUAAUUACAGUUUAAUUGAAGUGAAAAUCAGUUUGGAGAUUUUGCUGUGCAAUUAAUACACAAGAAAUGGCUCUUCAACUUCGCAUUGCCAUCAUUGGCCAGAGUAACUUUGCUGCCGACGUUCUGGAGCUGCUGCUGGAGCGUGCGAACGUACAAAUUGUGGGUGUCUUCACCAUACCGGACAAGGGGAGUCGCGAGGAUGUGCUGGCCGCCACUGCCGCAGCCCACAAGAUACCCGUCUUCAAGUUUAGCAGCUGGCGGCUGAAGGGCGUGGCCCUGCCAAAGGUCUUGGCUCAAUAUAAAUCGGUGGGCGCCACCUUGAAUGUGCUGCCGUACUGUUCGCAGUUCAUUCCGAUGGAGGUGAUUGAUGGUGCCCCAUUGGGCAGCAUUUGCUACCAUCCAUCGAUACUGCCGCGCCAUCGCGGUGCCAGUGCCAUUUCCUGGACGCUCAUUGAGGGCGAUGAGGUGGCCGGCUUUAGUAUCUUCUGGGCGGACGAUGGCCUGGACACUGGACCACUGCUGCUGACGCGCCAGACGAAUCUGGAGCCAACCGACACGCUGGACAGCAUCUACAAGCGAUUCCUGUAUCCCGAGGGCGUCAAGGCCAUGGGCGUGGCCGUCGAUAUGGUGGCCAAUGGCACAGCGCCAAAGAUAACCCAAACGGAGAUCGGUGCCACCUACGAUCCGGCCAUGUUCAAGGCGGAGAAUCAGCUGGUCAAUCUGCAGCAGUCGGCGGCGCGCAUAUGGAACUUUGUGCGUGGCUUGGACUCUGUGCCGGGGGCCAUAGCCACGGUCAUCCAGCAGGAUGGCACCGAGGAGCAGAUACGUCUCUUUGGCGCCCAUUUGUACUCCGCCGGACCCGUGUCCCAUGGCCAGCCGUUGCGUCUGAAGGGUCUGAAGAAACCCGCCUGGAUUCACACCGCGGGACUGCUCAUCGAGGGCACCGAUGGGGCGUUCGUCAAUGUGCGUCGCAUCAAGCGCGGCUCAAAGGUCAUCAAUGCCAGCGAAUGGUUCAAGCAGGCCGAGCAGCAGCCCAUCACCGACUUCAGCGAGGAUGAGCUGUCGAAGCGGGCUCUGCUCUCUGGCAUCUGGCAGGCCAUCCUGAAGGAGCCCAUUGAGGAUGCGACAGACUUCUUUGCCGCUGGCGCUGGCUCCAUGGAUGUGGUGCGUCUGGUGGAGGAGGUGAAGGAGGCAUUCGAUGUGCCCCUGGAGAAUGACAAUGUCUUCAUGGCGCCCGUGUUCGAGGAGUUCUUUGGACAGCUCGUAAAAAUCUUGCGACAGGGCAGUGGCGGCUCUGCUGGUCAGCAGCUCAUCUACGAGGGUUUCACCCUCAAGGCAAACAAACGGGAGAUUCAGGUGCCCACGCAGCUGUUCAUCGAUGGGCAGUUUGUGGAUGCCGAGGGCAAGCGCACUCUGGAGAUUGUCAAUCCCACGGAUGAGCAGGUUCUGUGCAAAGUGGCCUGCGCCUCGCCCCAGGAUGUGGACAAGGCGGUGCAGGCUGCCCACACGGCUUUCUAUGGCUCCUGGAAGCAGGUCUCUGCCCGGCAGCGUGGACAGCUGAUGCUCAAGCUGGCCGAUCUCAUGGAGAGCCACAAGGAGGAGCUGGCCACCAUUGAGUCGGUGGAUUCGGGCGCUGUCUACACGCUGGCGCUGAAAACGCACGUGGGCAUGUCCAUCGAUGCCUGGCGCUAUUUUGCCGGCUGGUGCGACAAGAUCCAGGGCAGCACCCUGCCCGUAAAUCCUGCGCGACCCAACAAUGUGCUGACAUUCACGCGAAAGGAGCCCAUUGGCGUGUGCGGCCUGGUCACGCCAUGGAACUAUCCGCUCAUGAUGCUGUCCUGGAAGAUGGCCGCCUGUAUUGCCGCCGGCAAUACCUGUCUGAUCAAGCCCGCCCAGACGUGUCCCCUGACGGCGCUGAAAUUCGCCGAGCUAACUGUGCGGGCGGGUUUCCCGCCAGGUGUGAUUAAUGUGCUGCCCGGCAAGGGCUCCGAUGCGGGUCAGGCAGUGGCCGAUCAUCAAUUGGUACGCAAAUUGGGCUUCACCGGCUCCACGCCCAUUGGCAAGCACAUUAUGAAGUCCUGUGCCGAUUCGAAUCUCAAGAAAUGUUCGCUGGAGCUCGGUGGCAAGAGUCCAUUGAUUAUAUUCGCGGACUGCGACCUGGAUAAGGCGGUGAAGCAUGGCAUGUCUUCGGUGUUCUUCAACAAGGGCGAGAACUGCAUUGCUGCCGGGCGACUCUUUGUGGAGGAUCGCAUACAUGACGAAUUUGUGCGACGUGUGCUCAAGGAUCUGCGCACCAUGACCAUUGGGGAUCCGCUGAAUCGGUCGACGGCCCACGGCCCGCAGAACCACAAGGCACACUUCGAGAAGCUGCUGGAGUUCUGUGAGCGUGGUGUGCAGGAUGGUGCCACAUUGGUGUACGGCGGAUGUCGUGUGCCGAAUCUCAAGGGCUACUUCUUUACCCCCACGGUAUUCACGAAUGUCGAGGAUGAUAUGUACAUUGCGCAGGAGGAGUCCUUUGGGCCCAUCAUGAUCAUAUCCAAGUUCAAUGGCAGCGACAUCGAUUCGGUCAUGCAGCGGGCAAAUAGCACCGAGUACGGGCUGGCCAGCGGUGUCUUUACCAAGGACAUUGGCAAGGCUCUAAGCUUCGCGGACCGCAUUGAGGCCGGCACUGUGUUUGUGAAUGUCUACAACAAGACGGACGUGGCAGCGCCAUUCGGCGGCUUCAAGCAGAGCGGCUAUGGCAAGGACUUGGGUCAAGAGGCACUCAACGAGUAUCUGAAGACAAAGUGUGUGACAAUUGAAUACUGAGAAGGGGCAGUGGAAGUUUACUCGCAAGAGAAGUGUGUUCCAAACACAAACCCAAACCCAAUUCCCAAUAUAAAAGUGGAAAGAGGAAAGAAAAGAAAAGACUUAAUGUUUUGCAUAGCUCAUAGCUAGAGCAAUAGUUAUCAUAGUAAUCAUAGUCAUAGGUAUUGCCAAUUUGUACUCUUAUCUAUCUAAUAAAUAAACUUGAAGCAUCAUCCUUAA